AUGAUGGAGGCACAAAUUAGAAAAAUUAAAAAAGAAGAAUUUGAUUUAUCGAUGCUAAUCGAGCAAAAUUUGAUCAGAAAAAUAAAUGAUGAUAUCAUUAAUGAUGAUAUCGUUAAUGAUGAUAUCAUUAAUGAUGAUAUCAUUAAUGAUGAUAUCAUUAAUGAUGAUAUCAUUAAUGAUGAUAUCAUUAAUGAUGAUAUCAUUAAUGAUGAUAUCAUUAAUGAUGAUAUCACUAAUGAUGAUAUCAUUAAUGAUGAUAUCAUUAAUGAUGAUAUCAUUAAUGAUGAUAUUAUUAAUGAUGAUAUCAUUAAUGAUGAUAUCAUUAAUGAUGAUAUCAUUAAUGAUGAUAUCAUUAAUGAUGAUAUCAUUAAUGAUGAUAUCAUUAAUGAUGAUAUCAUUAAUGAUGAUAUCAUUAAUGAUGAUAUCAUUAAUGAUGAUAUCAUUAAUGAUGAUAUCAUUGAUGAUGAUAUCAUUAAUGAUGAUAUCAUUAAUGAUGAUAUCAUUAAUGAUGAUAUCAUUAAUGAUGAUAUCAUUAAUGAUGAUAUCAUUAAUGAUGAUAUCAUUAAUGAUGAUAUCAUUAAUGAUGAUAUCAUUAAUGAUGAUAUCAUUGAUGAUGAUAUCAUUAAUGAUGAUAUCAUUAAUGAUGAUAUCAUUAAUGAUGAUAUCAUUAAUGAUGAUAUCAUUAAUGAUGAUAUCAUUAAUGAUGAUAUCAUUAAUGAUGAUAUCAUUAAUGAUGAUACCAUUAACGAUGAUACCGUUAAUGAUGAUAUCAUUAAUGAUGAUAUCAUUAAUGAUGAUAUUACCAAGCAGAUAAUGAAAAUGAGUCCUGAAGAAUUAGAACUUAUUUAUUAUACAUGCGAGUCAAUUAAAUUUCCAAACACAAAAAAUUGA